GAGGAGAGAGGCUGCCGCUUGGUGAAUGGAGGCGACGAGAUGCUGGCUACCGUGGCGGACGUCGGGAUUUAACAUCGACAAAGGUGCUCUCUGCUGCUUCCUGGGGUUGGACAUUGAUGGACCUUAUCAGGAGAUGUACGGCAGCGCCAGAGCAGUAGGCCACAUUGAGAGCAGCCCUGCCCGUUCACCGCGGCUGCCCCGCUCCCCCCGCUUGGGCCAUCGGAGGGCCAACAGCGGAGGAGGGAGCAGUGGUGGGGGCAAGACGCUCUCCAUGGAGAACAUCCAGUCCCUCAAUGCUGCCUAUGCCACCUCAGGGCCCAUGUACCUGAGUGACCACGAGGGUGUGGGCUCCACUGCCACAUACCCCCGUGGUCACAUGACCAUAGGACGGGCCAGCCGCGCCAUGUAUGGGGGGCGCGUCACCGCCAUGGGCAGCAGUCCCAACAUCGCCUCAGUUGGGCUUCAUGGGGACAUCCUGUCCUACAGUGACCUGGGCUCUCUGUCCAUGCUACAUGCACACCAUCACCACCAGGGGGUGCCCUCUGCCCUGCUGCGACAGGCUGUGAGGAGCAGUGGGGGCGAGCUGCUGGAAAUGCAGGCCCAGCUCAGGGACAUGCAGAGAGAGAAUGAGAUGCUGCGCAGAGAACUGGACCUGAAGGACAGUAAGUUAGGCUCCUCCACAAACAGCAUCAAGAGCUUCUGGAGCCCCGAGUUGAAGAAGGAGAGGAUCAUGAGGAAGGAGGAGGCAGCACGAACAUCCAUAUUGAAAGAGCAGAUGAGAGUGACUCACGAGGAGAACCAGCACCUCCAGAUGACCAUCCAGGCCCUGCAGGAUGAGCUUCGCACCCAGAGAGACCUCAACCACCUGCUGCAGCAGGAGAGUGGGAACAGGCCUGGAGCAGAGCACUUCACCACCAUUGAACUAACAGAGGAGAACUUCAGGAGACUGCAAGCCGAACAUGACCGACAGGCCAAGGAGCUGUUCCUACUCAGAAAGACCCUGGAGGAGAUGGAGCUGAGGAUUGAAACACAGAAACAAACGCUGGGUGCGAGGGAUGAGUCUAUAAAGAAGCUGCUGGAGAUGCUGCAGAGCAAAGGCCUGCCUUCGGGACCAGGAAGGGCAUCUGAAGAAGAGGAGCAGGAGCGGGCCAGGCGCAUCGCUGAAGCAGAAGCUCAGCUUGGACACCUGGAGGUCAUUCUGGAUCAGAAGGAGAAGGAAAACAUCCAUCUCAGAGAGGUACUCAAAGAACUGCACAGGAGAAAUCAGCUGCAUCAAGACCCAAGCAAAACCAAGGCACUACAGACCAUCAUUGAAAUGAAAGAUACCAAAAUUGCCUCCUUGGAGCGCAACAUUCGAGAUCUGGAAGAUGAGAUCCAAAUGUUAAAAGCAAAUGGCUUACUGAACACUGAGGACAGAGAAGAGGAGAUCAAGCAGAUGGAGGUCUACAAGAACCACUCCAAGUUUAUGAAGACUAAGAUUGACCAGCUGAAGCAGGAGCUGUCGAAGAAGGAGUCAGAGCUCUUGGCUCUGCAGACGAAACUAGAAACUCUCAACAACCAGAACUCAGACUGCAAACAGCACAUCGAGGUUCUCAAAGAGUCUCUCACUGCCAAGGAGCAACGCGCUGCCAUCCUCCAGACUGAGGUGGAUGCUCUCCGCCUGCGUCUUGAGGAGAAAGAAUCGUUCCUAAAUAAGAAAACCAAACAGCUUCAGGACCUGACUGAGGAGAAGGGGACACUCGCAGGAGAGAUCAGGGACAUGAAGGACAUGCUAGAGGUCAAAGAGCGCAAGAUCAACGUGCUACAGAAGAAGAUUGAAAACCUUCAAGAACAGCUCCGUGACAAAGACAAACAGCUGGGAAACCUUAAGGAUCGCAUCAAGUCCCUCCAAACUGACUCCAGUAACACAGACACUGCCCUGGCCACCCUGGAGGAGGCGCUGUCCGAGAAGGAGCGGAUUAUUGAGCGUUUAAAAGACCAAAGAGAGAGGGAGGAUCGUGAGCGUCUGGAGGAAGUGGAGUCUUACAAGAAAGAGAACAAGGAUUUAAAGGAGAAGGUCAACAGUUUGCAGAUAGAGCUGACUGAAAAAGAGUCCAGUCUCAUUGAUUUGAAGGAGCAUGCCUCGUCACUGGCUUCUUCAGGCCUUAAAAAGGAUUCAAAACUCAAAUCACUGGAGAUUGCCAUUGAACAGAAAAAAGAAGAGUGUAGUAAGUUAGAAACGCAGUUGCAAAAGAAAGCCCAUGAAGUGGAGCAUCAGACAGGCUCACGAGUAAAUCCAGACUUCUCAGACCGGGUGAAGUUGCUAGAAAAGGAAAUGAACUUCUUCAAAGAUGAGGCCAAUAAGGCCCAGACAGAGGUGGAGCGACUGCUGGAUAUCCUGAGAGAGGUGGAGACAGAGAAGAAUGACAAGGACAAGAAAAUCGCAGAGUUGGAAAGACAAGGAGGAAAAGACCAAAUUAAGAAAGGUACAAACAUCAAAUUGGGGCCACAAGGUGACAAGAAGGACCCCCGAAAAGACAGCACCUUGGAUGGUGGUCAUCACCUAAAGUUGGAAGAUCUAAUGAACACACUAGAGAGGACAAGGCAGGAGCUGGAUGCCACAAAACAGCGCCUGUCGUCCACACAACAGUCUCUUCAGGAGCGAGACACACACCUCACCAACAUGAGACAGGAACGAAGGAAACAGCUGGAGGAGAUCCUGGAGAUGAAACAACAAGCUCUGCUGGCUGCCAUCAGUGAAAAAGAUGCUAAUAUCGCUCUUCUAGAGCUCUCUGCCUCCAACAAGAAGAAAACCCAGGAGGAGGUGAUGGCUCUCAAGAGAGAGCGGGACAAACUCAUGCACCAGCUCAAACAGCAUACUCAGAGCAGAAUGAAGCUGAUCGCAGACAACUAUGAAGAUGAGCAGUACCACCCCCACGGACCUCAUCACCCUCAACAACAGCCGCCCCACUCUCAGCCACAGCCCCAGUAUCCUCACCCCGGGCACCCCCCACAGCCUCAGUAUCCCCACGGACCCCAUUCUCAGCACCCUCAGCACCCACAGCACCCACAGCACCCAUCAGGACCCCAGCCACACCCAGGACACCCACAACAGCCACAAGCACAGUACCCACAUCCCACACAUCCACAGCAGGCGGCUCAGCACCCACAAGGGCCCAUACCACAUCAACAGCACCCACGGCCGCCCGGACCGCAGCACCCACAUCCGCAGCACCCUCAGCAGCACCCUCAGCAGCAUCCUCCGCAGCACCCUCACGGACACCCCCCCCCUCAGCACCCACAGCACCCACACGGACCUCCGCAACAGGGACCCCACCCACAACACCCUCACCCACAACAGCAUCCUGCACAUCCGCAGCACCCGCAGCACCCGCAGCACCCACAGCACCCACAGCACCCACACCAUGGGCAGCACCCUCGGCACCCAUCUCCUCACCAUCGAGGAGGCCCACAAAGAGGACCACCCCAUGCUGGGCACCGACCUGCCCAUGACCAGGAUGACGAGGAGGGCAUUUGGGCAUGAUUCUCACUGCAACAACCAAAACUUAUGUUGUUAUGAAGGAUGAUUCAGUCACUACUGGGGGAGCAGAGCCAUCACAUCAAAAUACAACCAAACAUUUCCUACCUGUUUAUUUUAUUUUUAUUUUAUUUUGUAUCCAUGCAGCGGGUCCUUGUUUUGUGAGAGUAUACUUCUCACUCAUGCAGGAAGCUGGCAGCUGAGCAGGGAACAGUACAUGACCACUCCAAACAACUGUCAGGACUAUUGCUAUGGCAUGUCAUUGGAACAGCUGUUUCUGUUGGCUUUUGCAUGCUGGGAUUAUGAAGAAAAUGCAAACCAUCUUGAUGCGGGACACCCCAACUGUCUCCACUCUGCUGCCUCACGGUUUAGUUUCACCUUUAUUUCUAUUGAGAUUAUUGUGUUGCCUUGAAUUAUAAUUUCUGUGGCUCUGAUUGGCUCCCAUGCCUGACUUACUGCCUGCUGACAACGUAUUCCUGCUUCUCAUAGUGUGCACAGUCAACAUUGCCAUUUUAUAUCUUUAUACACAUGUUUUUAGCAUGGCCCUAUUAUGAUUCCUUUUUUAUCAAUGGUAGCAACGCCUUUUAAAUCCCAGAGUGGGAUUAGCUGUCAGUGGUCUUUUCAUGUUACCUCAUUUAAAGAAGAAAUAGUAAAACAUAAAACAAUCUAUGCAGAUGACAACAUAGAGUAAAUGCAUUUCACAUUAUUAUAUAUGUCAUUAUUUUGUUUUCUGCCUGGAGAGCAGUCAGUAAUUAUUCACAAGACCAAUUAUUUUGUGACUAUGCACCUAUGCACCUCUCCUCCGUGUUGCAGGAAUUUUAAACUAUUGGUGCUUUUGCUGGUGCUUACAACUAAACGGUGUCAACAAGAUCUGAUCCAAAACCUCUUUUUGGAGGGAUUUCACCCCACCUUGGGCUAAAUAACAACAGACUGCUAUGUAUAUACAAUCAGAAAGGGAGAACAGUGUGCCAUGAAAGAUUCAGAGGUGCUGCUGCUAUAAAUGCAAAUGUAGGCUACAAUAAAGGACAGGUGACAUUUAUUAGAUGUUUAAUGCAGGUCUGUGCAGCACUGACAGUAUCCUGCCCAAGUACGUCUAAUUUUCUAGAAGUAGUCAUGUGUGAACUCCCCAGACAACAUAGUGACUUGUUUUAUUUUCUUCUUAACAAAGUGGCCUGUGCCUCGUAAAACUGUAAACAAAAUAUAAUAGAUAUGCAUAUAUUAUAAAUAUAGAGAGAAAUCUAUAUAGUGUGUCUAUAUGUGGUCAGAAAACUGUUUAACUGACAGAUAAAUAUAUAUAUAGUAUAUAUGUUUUGCCUCUUUGGUUAUUUUUUUUUAACUGGCCAGAGGUCAGUGAUAAUAAGUCUUAUUUUAAAUGUGUUAAUUUUAUUAUUAUUAUUAUUAUUAUUAUUAUUAUUAUUAUUAUCUCUCAGCAGCAGUAACAUUCCCUGUCUGAAAAUUCAGGACAGCCAAAAAUAUAGAAGUCUAAUGUGGGAAAGUAAAGCGUAUCCUAAUCUAGAAGACAUUAGUACAUUCCUUUUUUAAGAUAUUUGUUGAUGACCACCUGGCCUGUGGUAUAUUUCUGCAGCAGUAAUUUCAAUAUGUCCGCUGCACACAUUUGAUCAUGAACUUGCACUUGUGAGUGAGGACUAUCACUAUGAACAAUCCCAGCAGAGGUUUGAGUAAUUCUGUCCAAAUGCAUUAUCUUUGAGUGUUUGUCGUCUUUAUUGUCUCGUGAACAGAAUCAGUGAUGUGUGUGCCAGCUGAAAACAACACAAAACAAAAUCUUACAGUGGAACAAACUCUAGACUGUUAUGUUCUCCUCUCAAUCCCCUGUUUCUCUAUGGCCAAGUGUUAACUGUUGUAUAAAGUGUCUGUCCAUCUUCCACUAAAACUGAGGUGAACCACAUCUCAUUUUAUGCUUCCCUCAUGAACUUGGACCACCCCAGUCCCUGACUAAGAAUUGUGAGAUUGUGUGAAAUGUUUUAUAAUUUUUUUAAAAGAGAAAGGAUCAGCUCAAAAGGAAAUAGAUGAUGCAAACAGACAGAGGAGCAAAACAAUCCUCAUGUUACCAUCAGGGGGCUUUCUGGUCCUUCUGCUGAAUACUUGAAGUAGGGGUUCUCCUACCAUGAACAAGCGCAUACAAUUUAGGUGAUGAUAGUGGCCAUGCAUGCUACUUUUUACAUUAUGUGCCAACUGGAUUUGAUGCUGUUAAGGUUUGCCUCCUGUUCUCUAUGCAGUGACGCAAAGUUACCUUAUGAGACACAGAGGCUUGGAGGCUGGGGCUGGUUUCAGAGGCAAAUCCUGGUUUUGAAGGAUAUCUUUAGGCCAUUUUGAGUUUAUUUUUGUGUCUGUGCCUAGAAGUCACCAUAUGUAAGAUGAAGGUUUUUGUGAGUAAACGAGCCUUGUACACCAAUCAGGUAUAACAUUAUGACUAACAGGUGGGAGUGAAAAGCACAGAUCAUGUCUUCACCACUGCACCUAUUUACAGGCAGUCUGAGCAUGCACCAAGGAAACUGUCCUCAAAUUAAUUGUGUUAUAAACAAAAAUAGAAAAGGAAGAGGAUCUAAGAGGCAAACUGUGAUGGCUGGGUUAGGCCAUGUUCAAAACAACAGCUUUUGUGGGGGUGUUUCUAUAAAAUUGGUCCAUAUAAUAAAACAAAAACAUAAAAAAAUAAAAUAAAAUAAAAAUAAAAAUUAGAAGCUUGCAACUUACUCCUAGUAUAGCAAUGUUUAAAAGAUAAAAUCUAUCAGUGCAUCAUCCUCUCAACAUUUCUUUGAUUGAUAAUAUCUUUAGACAAUGGUAAAACAAUGAUUGGAUGAGUUUUUUGGAAUUGAACUAUUUGUUAUGAUAAAACUGUACCAGACUAUCUGCAUCUGUUAAGCAUGCAGAACUAAUGUUAUGCCUGAUUGGUUGAUGUACAUUCACUUCACAUGAACUAUUUUUAUUGUAUGUUACUGAAAUGAAACAAAUCACUGUGACCAUUAAUGACAAAUCUUAUGUUUACUUUUUUAUUCAUUUUGUAUUUAAGUUAAGCUUUAUUUUUUCUAUGAUUUCUGACUAUUGUUAAAAAUGCCAGUUUGAGACUACUACUUACUAUUUGUACAAGUUAAUGUUUUGAACUGUACAGUAAAGAUCUAGGAACAUGUUAAAUGUGAGUGUCCAGCAUGCUGAAUGAAAACUUGUGUGGACGUGAGCAACUUCCCAUAAUGCACCAUUCCUCGCCCAUUAUUGCAUCUGCAUCAUACAUAGUGAUGGUACGAUGUAGUUGUCUGAGAGUGGUGUCUGUCUCACUUACUGUGUCCCUUUAGUAGACAGCCUGUGCAGUUUAGUGAGAGUGGCGCAUGUUACUGGUGUAAAUGUACAAAAAAGAGAAGAGUAUGAAUGGUGGACGUGUGUGUGUUUGUGUGUGUAUGUGUGAGUGCGUGCGUGUUUGUGUGAACUAUGAAUGAAAAGAGAAAAUCUAUUUAAAACACUAAAACAAAGGAAGUCCCUUGAACAAAGUAAGACUGGGUCAAGGUUUUGAUUGACGCAUGGAUUCUCUGUAAUGUUAUUUUUCUUUCCUUUUUUUAAGACUAGGAGGCUGUCCCCAGUGCCCCUGUUUGCUAUUGUAUGUGGUGUAUCAGAAUAUUAAUUAUUGAGUGUUGGCCAGCUUGUUUAUAUCAUAAAAUAAAGGUGACUUUCUUUCUGUCUUUGGUCGU